CUAUAAAUUAUCCACCACCCCUAAACUCUAUCUUCCACAAGCAAGUAACCCUCUCAAUCUCAUCAGUUAAUUGCAGAAUUUGUAGAAGAGCAAUGGCAAUCAAGGUCCACGGAUCCCCUGUUUCCCCCGCAGCAAAAAGAGUUCUUCUCACCUUAGCAGAGAAACAACUCGAUUACGAAUUCGUGCUCGUAGAUUUAGCCUCCGGCCAGCACAAGAAGGAGCCCUUCCUCUCUCUCAACCCAUUCGGUCAGGUACCCGGCUUCGAAGACGGCGAUCUCAAACUCUUCGAAUCUCGGGCGAUUACGAGAUACAUCGCGCACGCGUACGCGGACAAGGGGACGGCGCUGAUCUCGGAGGAUCCGAAGAAGAUGGCGAUCAUCGGAGUGUGGCUGGAGGUGGAGUCGCAGAGGUUCGACGCGGCGGGGCAGAGGCUGAGCUUCGAGAUUCUGGUGAAGCCGAUGAAGGGGCUGACGACCGACGACGCCGCCGUGGAGCAGCUGCAGGGGCAAUUGGCCGCGGUUCUGGACGUCUACGAGGCUCGAUUGGGGAAGUCCAAGUAUUUGGGCGGCGAAGACUUCUCGUUGGCGGAUCUGCACCACGUUCCGAUCAUCGCUAAUUUGUUGAAGACCAAGGUCAAAGCGGUGUUCGACGCGCGGCCCGCCGUCUCGGCCUGGGCCGCCGCGCUCCUGGCCCGCCCCGCUUGGCUCAAAAUUAACGCGCCUUAAUUAUCUUGGAAUUUCGCAUUAGCUGCUUUGUAUUUCCCAUUUGCUGAAUAAAUACUCCGUAUGCAAUUUCGUAUUUUGGUUAUAUCAAUAUGAAAUUUCGAAUUUUAGUA